UUCUAAUGUUUUGAUACUUCUUAUUUAGGCUGCAUUGCUUUUCAAAUUGGCUGGGCAACGAGCAAUUGUGUUAGGCACAGCAGUUACUCCUCCAGCGUUAAAUGGUGAUUAUGGAAUUGGACUGGAACAACUUGCUGCAAUGACUAGGGAUCAAAAUUUUUCUGCACUACAACAAUAUGGAGGGGUAAAAGGGUUAUCAGAUUUGUUAGAAACAAAUCUGGAUAAGGGUUUUGUUGAGGAUAAUGACGAAUUAUCAAAGAGAAGGAAUGCUUUUGGAUCAAACACAUACCCCAAGCAAAAAGGCCGGAGUUUCUUGAGGUUUCUUUGGGAAGCUUGGCAAGAUUUAACCCUCAUUAUCUUGGUGAUAGCUGCUUUAGCAUCCUUGGCACUAGGCAUAAAAACAGAGGGUCUGAAAGAAGGCUGGUAUGAUGGGGGAAGCAUUUCCUUUGCUGUACUUCUUGUUAUAUUUGUUACUGCAACUAGUGAUUAUCGACAGUCCCUCCAAUUUCAAAAUUUAAACGAAGAAAAGCGAAACAUACACCUAGAGGUUAUAAGGGGUGGUAGAAGAGAUAAGGUUUCAAUCUAUGAUGUUGUUGUUGGUGAUGUUGUACCUCUUAAGAUAGGUGAUCAGGUCCCUGCUGAUGGAAUCUUAAUAACUGGUCAUUCUCUAGCCAUUGAUGAAUCUAGCAUGACUGGGGAAAGCAAGAUUGUAAGCUGGUUAGACUUUUUUUCUGACUUUGUGCACAAAGAUAAAAAAACACCGUUUUUAAUGUCUGGUUGCAAAGUAGCAGAUGGUGCAGGGACCAUGUUGGUUACUGGUGUGGGAAUAAAUACUGAAUGGGGAUUGUUGAUGGCAAGUAUAUCGGAGGAUACUGGUGAAGAAACCCCCUUGCAGGUACGCUUGAAUGGGGUAGCAACUUUUAUAGGCAUAGUUGGACUUGCUGUGGCUCUAUCUGUGCUCACUAUUCUCCUGGCUAGAUUUUUUACCGGUAAUUCAAGAAAUCCUGAUGGAACUGUUCAGUUUUUCCGUAGAAAGACCAGCAUUGGUGAAACUGUUGACGGAGUCAUUAAAAUUAUUACUGCUGCGGUCACCAUUGUGGUUGUUGCAGUCCCCGAGGGGCUUCCUUUGGCUGUUACCUUGACCCUAGCAUACUCGAUGAAGAAAAUGAUGGCUGACAAGGCCUUGGUGCGUAGGCUUUCAGCUUGUGAAACAAUGGGUUCUGCAACAACUAUUUGCAGUGAUAAGACUGGAACAUUAACCCUGAAUCAGAUGACAGUAGUUGAGGCUUAUGUUGGGAGAAAGAAGAUCGAUCCACCUGAAGAUGGUUCACAGUUGCAUGCAAUGGUUUCCUCUCUGCUAGAUGAGGGCAUAGCACAGAAUACUACAGGCAGUGUUUUUUCCUCUAAAGAUGGUGGUGGCAUAGAGGUUUCCGGAUCUCCCACUGAAAAGGCUAUUCUUUAUUGGGGUGUCCAGUUGGGAAUGAAGUUUGAUGUUGUUAGAUCAGAAUCCAUAAUCCUCCAUGCUUCUCCUUUUAAUUCCACAAAAAAACGAGGUGGUGUUGCAUUGCGAGGGCGGUCUAACUUGAAAGUUCAUAUACAUUGGAAGGGAGCAGCUGAAAUAAUUCUAGCUUCUUGCACAGGAUAUCUCGACACAAAUGGUUGCUUGCAAUCCAUUGAUGAGGAUAAGGUGUUUUUUAAGGAGGCUAUUGAAAACAUGGCUGCAAGAAGCUUGCGAUGUGUUGCAAUUGCAUACAGAACAUGUGAAAUAGACAAAGUCCCUACUGAAGAAGACCAGCUGGCACAAUGGGCUUUACCUGAAGAUGACCUUGUUUUGCUUACUAUUGUUGGUAUUAAGGUAUACAUCUUAAUACAAAUUCAUUACUUUCACACUGUAUUCUCAACGAUAGUCUGA